GGGAGUGGGACCCAUAUGCAUUCAACAGCCCAGAUUCACCCACGCCAUCUAGCAAAUAUAAAGCAACUCCGAGUCAACCCCCCACACCCACACCCAAAUCUCUGUUCUAGGGUUUCUCUCUUCGACUCUAACCCAGAGAUGCCUUAUUCAAGGGAAGGAAGAUCUGUUUCACCUGCCAACUCGGGUUCACCCAUUCGGGGGCGACGAUCAAGGUCAAGGUCGAGGUCAAGGUCAUUGUCGAGGUCUAGGAGGAGUCGCUCGAGGAGCCGCGACUCGGUAGAUGCUGUUAACCCGGGAAAUAACUUGUAUGUGACGGGUUUGUCAACAAGAGUUAAUGCCAGUGAUCUUGAGAAGUAUUUUAACAGUGAAGGGAAGGUUGUUGAGUGCCAUCUGGUAACAGAUCCUCGCACCAGAGAAUCCCGUGGAUUUGGUUUUGUCACUAUGGAGACUGUUGAGGAUGCAGACCGCUGUAUUAAAUAUCUUAAUCGUUCUGUGCUUGAAGGUCGCCUCAUCACUGUGGAAAAGGCAAAACGAAGGCGUGGGAGGACCCCAACCCCAGGAAGGUAUCAUGGGCUGAGGGAGAGGCGAGGACGAGGUGGCCGCAGAAGGUCUCGGAGCUACUCCCCUCGCCGCUGGCAAGAUAGAGACUCUUAUGCAAGAGACAGGCGUGGAAGAUCUCGCUCCCCAUAUGGCAGAAGGUCCGAUGACUACUCCGACUCCAAUAGGAGGCGCAGGGAGCGUUCAUUGUCAGGGGCAGGCAGGGACUACCCUUGAAUCAAUCAAAAUCCGGCCCCAAGUUCUAUUUUCUUUUGAUUUGCCCCUUUUGAUCAACUCUUGUGCGAAUCUUUUUUCCCCAAGUCUGGAGUUACAGUUACUGUUUCCAUUGCGCAUUGUAUCUUAAUGCAUUUCAUUAUCAUAUAACUCCAUUGGAUGCUUUCCAGGCC